AUUAAAAAAUUAAAAUAAAAUUAAUAAAAAUAUCGUUAAAAUGUUAUUUACUAAAUUAAGUUGUUCUCUCAUUUUACUAUUAUUGAUCCUUCAAAAUGUUAAUGCUUUGGAAAACGGUUUAGCAAGAACACCACCUAUGGGUUGGAUGCAUUGGCAAAGAUAUCGCUGUAUUGUGGAUUGUAAUAAAUAUCCUGGAGAAUGCAUCAAUGAGGAGAUGUUCAGAAAAGCUACCGAUCUCUUGGUAUCAGAAGGUUAUAAAGAUGCUGGAUACGAAUAUGUUAUUAUUGAUGAUUGUUGGAUGGAAAUGGAAAGAGAUCCAAUUACUGAAAAAUUAAUUCCAGAUAAAGUUCGUUUUCCUGAUGGAUUAAAUCCUUUAGCUGAUUAUAUUCAUGCAAAAGGUUUAAAAUUUGGUUUAUAUGAAGAUUAUGGAACUCAUACAUGUGCCGGUUAUCCAGGUGUUAUUGGACAUAUGGAAAUAGACGCACAAUCCUUUGCUGAUUGGAAAGUCGAUUAUGUUAAAUUAGAUGGUUGUUAUGCUGAUAUUAAAGAUAUGGAUAAAGGGUAUCCUGAAUUUGGUCGUUUAUUAAAUAAAACUGGCCGACCUAUGGUAUAUUCGUGCAGUUGGCCUGUUUAUCAAGAAUAUCAAGGUGUAAUGCCAAAUUAUGAGGCACUUAAAGAACAUUGCAAUUUGUGGCGAAAUUGGGGUGAUAUUGAUGAUUCAUUCGAGUCUGUUAUUCAAAUAACGGAUUAUUUUGCAAAAAAUCAAGAUAGAGUCCAACCACAUGGGGGACCAGGACAUUGGAAUGACCCAGAUAUGCUUAUACUUGGGAAUUUUGGUCUUAGCUACGAGCAAAGUAAAACUCAAAUGGCUAUAUGGGCAAUUUUGGCUGCACCUUUAAUUAUGUCCAACGACUUAGCUAGUGUUAAACCAGAAAUAAAGGAAAUUUUAAUUAAUAAAGAUGUUAUUGCUGUUAAUCAAGAUUCGUUGGGCAUUCAAGGACGACGUGUCAAAGUUCAAAAUUACAUUGAAGUUUGGUUAAGACCUAUAAAGCCAGUUAUAAAGAAAGGUAAUAGUGAAUAUCAUUCGUUUGCAGUAGCAUUUGUUAGUCGUAGAGUUGAUGGACAUGGUCGUGAAAUUAAUAUAACUUUAAGUGAUAUUGGAAUGCUUAAUGACAAAUAUAAUGUAGUAGAUCUUUAUGAUAAGGACUGGAAACCAAUAGUUUUACCACAAAAGGAAAUUUUUGAAGCUCGUGUUAUUCCAAAUGGAGUUUUAUUUUAUAAAUUUACAGCUAUUGAAUAGUUUUAAUUUUAUAUUUUACAGUA